AGAUCAUGGAAUCCUCUGGUACACCUUCAGUUACCCUAAUAGUAGGCAGUGGCCUUUCUUGCUUGGCCUUGAUCACCCUCGCAGUUGUCUAUGCAGCAUUAUGGAGGUACAUACGCUCUGAGAGGUCUAUAAUUCUAAUUAACUUCUGCCUGUCUAUCAUCUCAUCCAACAUCCUCAUACUGGUUGGACAGACUCAGACACAUAAUAAGAGCAUCUGUACAACCACCACUGCAUUUUUGCACUUUUUCUUCCUGGCUUCGUUCUGUUGGGUUUUAACUGAGGCGUGGCAGUCCUAUAUGGCUGUGACUGGAAAAAUUAGGACCCGGCUUAUAAGGAAACGUUUUUUGUGCCUUGGAUGGGGUUUACCAGCAUUAGUAGUGGCCACAUCAGUAGGCUUCACAAGGACGAAAGGAUAUGGCACUGAUCACUACUGCUGGCUCUCUCUUGAAGGAGGACUACUCUACGCUUUUGUUGGACCUGCAGCUGCUGUUGUCCUGGUCAACAUGGUGAUUGGCAUUUUGGUAUUUAAUAAACUUGUUUCCAGAGAUGGGAUCCUAGAUAAAAAGCUCAAACACAGAGCCGGGGCGUCCCUCUGGAGUUCCUGUGUGGUGUUGCCCCUUCUGGCUCUGACAUGGAUGUCUGCGGUUCUGGCCAUGACAGACAAACGCUCCAUAUUGUUUCAGAUACUUUUUGCCGUGUUUGAUUCAUUGCAAGGUUUUGUGAUAGUCAUGGUCCACUGCAUUCUUCGGAGAGAGGUUCAGGAUGCAUUUAGAUGCCGAUUGAGAAACUGUCAGGAUCCAAUCAAUGCUGAUUCUUCAAGUUCUUUUCCUAAUGGGCAUGCUCAAAUAAUGACAGACUUUGAAAAGGAUGUAGACAUUGCUUGUCGAUCAGUUCUUCACAAGGAUAUUGGUCCUUGCCGAGCAGCAACAAUAACAGGAACACUCUCUAGGAUUUCUCUAAAUGAUGAUGAAGAAGAAAAGGGAACAAACCCUGAAGGGCUAAGCUAUUCAACACUGCCUGGAAACGUCAUUUCCAAAGUCAUUAUCCAGCAACCCACGGGUAUGCACAUGCCCAUGAGUAUGAAUGAGCUGGGCAAUCAGUGUUUGAAAAAAGAGAACAGUGAAUUGCGAAGAACUGUGUACUUAUGUACGGAUGACAAUUUGAGAGGAGCUGAAAUGGAUAUAGUCCAUCCUCAAGAAAGAAUGAUGGAAAGUGACUAUAUUGUGAUGCCCAGAAGUUCUGUAAAUACCCAGCCAUCAAUGAAAGAGGAAAGCAAAAUGAAUAUUGGUAUGGAAACCUUGCCACAUGAAAGGUUAUUGCACUACAAAGUGAAUCCUGAAUUCAACAUGAAUCCCCCUGUAAUGGACCAGUUCAAUAUGAACUUAGAUCAACACCUUGCACCCCAGGAACAUAUGCAGAAUUUGCCCUUUGAGCCUCGCACAGCUGUGAAGAAUUUCAUGGCCUCUGAGUUGGAUGAUAAUGCAGGACUAUCAAGAAGUGAAACUGGGUCAACGAUAUCAAUGAGUUCAUUAGAGGUAAGCAACAGAAUAAACCUUUCCUUGAUAUUUUAAACAGUUGAUAUUUGAUAAAUUGAUUCA